AUGGUCGUAGAGUUUACAAUGGAGGACAACUACAAAGUCCUUUUAGAGAAAAUUCAGCAUAUUUUACAUGUUGAACGUCAAUGUGGAUAUACCUUUUUGAAAGGAAAGGCAGCUAACAACUAUGUAGUGGCUCCCUGUGACCUGUUUGGUACUGAAGAGGAUAAAAGUUUCCAGUUUAAAUCACUACUACGCUAUGUUGAACAGACCAUCCUGAAACCUUGGAGUGAUAACCAAUCUGAAUUCCUAUGUCUAACCAACCAUGAGGAUGACAGUUUAAACCAAGUGAACUGCCUGUCAGUCCUUAGUGCUUUUGCCUUUGCAAAAGGUGACAGAACGUGUUUAGAAGAAGUAAAAAGUUACGUUACAUCUCUUGAUCAGUACCACAUGUACCAUCCCAAAGUUGGCUUCCUGAUGAAUAACCUUGGGAUAAUGUUCACUGAAGUUGCACUUUAUGAGGAGAGUGAAGAAUGCUUUAGAAUUGCCAACAUUUGCUUUCAGCAACAAAAACAUUGUCUGAAAAAUGCAGUAGUUACCCUGAACCAAGCUUUUCUGAAGAAGGUCGUGGGUGAAUAUGAAAAAGCAGCAGAUCUCACUACAGCUGCAGCUUCCUUGUGUCAUGACAUCUCUAUGAGGAAAACAAAUGAUGCGCAACUACCAGCGAAGUUGCUGCGAAGAAUUGCUGAUAUGUUAAAGGAGUUUGGCAACUACCGGAGGCUGAAAAAGAUUCUGACAACUGUCAUUCACUUUGACAUCCCAGGUGCUGAAAAAACUACUACAGCUGUUUUCUCCAGGCAGUUGAUGAAAAUCCAGCUUGAGGGAAUGGAAAGAAAAAUUGAAGCCAAAGAAGUGAAAGAUUUUAUCUCCCACUUACUUGCUUUGCUGGCUAAACCAGAUGCUUCUAAGAUAUCAGUGAAUGCUGAGCUCUUAAGAAUUGUCAUCAUUGCCAUAAAGAUUUGUCGCAGUAUUGGUCAAUGCAUUGAAGAAGCUUGCAAGUUAUUAAAGAAGUUGCAAAAUAUUUUUUCUCUUGUCCAUGGUGAAAAGAGUUUUCUCUAUGGAUCAUUACUAUACCAAAUGGGUUGCUUCCUGCAUGGCUGUGGAAGGUUUAAUGAUGCUGAGACUGCACUGAAACAGGCUGAAGGUAUCUUGAUUUGUUUUUGUGGAGAAAAUCAUCAUUCAGUCACCUUGUGUAGGAGUGUUCUGGGUUGCUGUAUUCUUCUAAAGGGCAAUGCCAAAGAUGCCUUAGAAUACCUAAACGAGGCAUUAACAGUGUUCAGGAAGCUGAAUCCUAAUCAUCCAGAAGUAGGAGAGAUUCUUUUGAAAGUUGCCUUCUUGUAUUCUGAAGAAGGAAAUUUCCAGCAAGCCCAAGAAACCGUGCAUUAG